GCGGUCCAAUAUAGCGCAUGCGCUCUGCCUGAGGACUGCUACACAGACUGCAAUAUGGCGAGAAUGCCUGUCAGCGUAGACUGCUCCAGCGACACGGCGGGGACAGAACGGGAGGAGCACAUGAGUUGCCCGGAGACUGAGAUAAGCGGAGAUGAGGAGGAUGAUGAUAUCCAGGAGGUGGAGAUCACUGGGGAGGAGGAGUACGGGGAGGAUGUCGAGCUGGAGUGGGAGGCAGAGUGCGUGGACCCCGGCAGCUGCUCCGCUAUGGAGACAGAAGCGGUCCUUAUGCGCAGUACAGACCAGUGCAGCGGGUUGGGACCGGGAGCGGGGGCGUUUUAUAACACCGGACUGGACUCGGAUCUGGAGGGAGACCUGCAGCGGUCUGACCGCUCCAGACUGAGCGAGAACACCCGCCUGGCUACCAGGUACGCGGUCCGGAUCUUCCGGGAGUACCUGAGUGAGAAAGCCCAAAGUCCGGACUUUGAAACUCUGGACAAGGAUGCGCUCUGCGCGGUCCUGAGAUCCUUCUACGCGGAGGCGCGCUCGAAAAGCGGCCAGCUCUACAGCAAGUCCUCGCUCAUCAGCAUACGGAGUUCUCUGAACCGCUACCUGAACGAGCCGCCCUACAAUCGCACCCUGGAUCUCACCAAGGACCCAGAGCUGCGCAGCGCCAACCUGACCCUGGCCGCCGUCAUCAGAAAGCUGGAAGAGCAGGGAGCGGGUCCAGUCGUGCAGAAACAGGCUAUAACGCGGGCGGACCUGAGAAAAAUAUACACAUCAAGUGUGUUUAACACCGAUACACCGUUCGGGCUGCUCAAUAAAGUGUGGUUUGAGACAUGCAUGUAUUUCUGCACGAGGGGGAGAGAGAAUCAGCGCGAGCUAGAGGAGGAUUCAUUCGGACUGGCCACAGACGAGGAUGGGAGAAAGUUUAUCUAUUUCAAAGCACUGGGGCCUUAUCACAAGUCUCGCUCCGCUUCCUGGACUAAAAAAAGACCAGACACGGAUGAUGAUACGCUGCCGCGCAUGUAUGAGACUGGCACGGAGUUUUGUCCGUAUGCAAGCUUUGUGAAGUACGUCUCAAAACGUAACCCGCUGUGCAAAGCGUUCUUCCAGCGACCGCGAGACCACUGCUGCGCCAGCGACAUGACAUGGUAUGAGAACAAAGCCAUCGGUAAAAACCUGCUGGGCACGAGGAUGCAGAUGCUGUCGCGUGCUGCCAAGCUGUCAAAGACCUACACCAACCACUGCAUCGGCGCCGUUUCCAUAGCGACGCUCAACAGCAUCGCUGGUAUUGGGUCGAAGUUAGUGUCGCUUCACGUUGCCUCGGAAACGGUCAAUGGCGGGCCACAGUCUCAUCUCCAGCUCGUGAUCCCGUAUGUCCGACAGGUCACUGACUCUGUGGAAAUGAAGCCGCAGAGAAUAACACGGAAAGCUCGUGCUCUCUGUCCGGGUGCCCCCUCCGGACCUCCCUCUCCUAAGAAGCUCUGUGUGCGUCCAGGGGAAUACGAGUCCCCAGUGGUCAUAGUGGUCGGAACUGAGCCCGUGGACAACCGACCCACGGAGCCCCAUUGUCUGCCACCUCCUACUUUACCUGCUGGCAUGGUAACUUCACAGGACAGCCGUGUUAGCAGCAUGGCCAGCCGGCCGCCGGUCUCCCAGUCCCCUGUCUCUCCCCUGGGUUCCGGGGGCAUCCCCACCCCCCCCCAGCUCACCAAGACCAACGCCCCAGUGCACAUCGACGUAGGAGGUCACAUGUACACCAGCAGCCUGGCUACACUCACCAAGUACCCGGAGUCACGGAUUGGUCGUCUGUUCAACGGGACCGAGCCCAUAGUGUUGGACAGUCUGAAGCAGCACUACUUCAUUGAUCGAGACGGACACAUUUUCCGCUACAUCCUCAAUUUCCUGCGGACCGCCAAACUCCUUCUCCCUGACGAUUUCAAAGAAUACUCUCUACUCUACGAGGAGGCCCGCUUCUUCCAGCUCUCCCCACUGCAGACGGAGUUAGAGCGCUGGAGGAGUGAACGCCAGGCCAUGAGCGUUUGGCGUGAGUGUGAGUGCGUGGUGGUGCGGGUAACUCCAGAGCUGGGCGAGAGGAUCACUCUGAGCGGGGACCGGGCUUUGAUCGAGGACGUGUUCCCGGAGGUCGGUGACGUCAUGUGCAACUCCCUGAACGCGGGCUGGAACCACGACUCCACUCACGUCAUACGCUUCCCACUCAACGGGUACUGUCAUCUGAACUCUGUACAGGUGUUGGAGAGGUUGCAGCAGAGAGGGUUCGAGAUCGCAGGGGCGUGCGGCGGAGGAGUAGAUUCCUCCCAGUUCAGCGAAUACGUCCUCCGCAGGGAGGGGAGGAGCAACGGGACGCGUGGCCCCAUUCACGGCAGUGUCAAACAGGAAGUGUUGGACUAAGCCUCGUCCAUGUCUGAUGUCAGCGGAUGGUUUGGUCAAGAGGAGCUAAAUGCUUCGCCUCUAUCUCUAAGAAAAUGCCAAGAUGGUCUGACCUGAAGUUUGUUUUAGAAUUUUGGGGACCAAACAGCACUGUACCUACAGUUACAGGAGAGCAGUAGAAAUAGGACCUGCCUGCCAUGAAACAUGAAAGUCCCUAACCAGGCGUUAUGUGGCCAAACCACAAUUGACGCCUCUCCCAUCAAGCAGGGAGUUAAAGCACAAUGAGAAAAGCAAUUGCUCAACUGUUUUCAUACUACUUGUUUUCAUACUACUUGUUUUCACAUAGGAUUAUUCUGUUUUAUAGUAUCAGUAAGAUAAUUUAUGAUCCUUACAUAAAUGUCAUUAAUCAUAAAAGUGGGAUGAAGUCACUGAAGAAAUGUUGAUGUGGAGAAAAGGUACUGAUGGAAAAUUAAAUACAUCCAGUUGAAUGUAAAAAAGCACAAGUGCCAAAAUACACAUCAGUGCUUGUCUGGGAAAUUUAAACCAACUUGAACUAAAUAGAAGAAAAGACGUUAUGUGAAGAUACUGUUGUUGUUAUUAUUGAGGCAUUCAAUGGAAGUUUUCCUUCCAAUCAAUUUUGUAAGUCAGAAUUACCGUUUUCCCAGUUUGAAGUGUUAAUUAAACUCUUGACGAUGGAAUUCUGAAUCUUUUGAGUUUCUUCAAAAGAUUUCAACAUUUUAUAUUCAUUACACUGAUAAUAGAUUUUGUCAGAGAUUAAAAUGAUGCAUGUUUGAUGCUGAGCAUUAGAGCAGCAAACAGGAUUUGAGGCCUGUAUCAAAAUCAUCUCGCAGAGUCUUACUAGAGGAAAUCAGAUUUAAAAAUGUAUGGAUGAAUGUAAC